AUGGCCGACAUCUGGGACUUCUCAGAUGACGACGACAUCCAGGUGCAGGCGCCACCGAAGCCUUGCGCGCAUGUUGAAGCCAGGAAAGUGCGCGAGAGCGACGGCGGGGCGAUCGACCUGGCCUCGUCGGACAGCGGGCCCGCCGCCCCCGGCGCGGGACCCGGCCACAAGCGCCACCGCUCGUCGGGGCACGACGAGAAGUCAUUGCGCAGUCACAAACCGAAACACCACAAGCCGAAGAAACACCGCAAGAAGCCGCGGAAGGACGACGCGAACGCCAACCACGCAAGCGGAGAGGACGCGCGGCACGCGCCCUCGGGCGCCGUCCUGGCGCUGAGCGACGACGACAGCCCGCGGGACGGCGGCGCCCGCAGCGGCGACGCGGGUGGCGACGCAGCGCUCGAGGACAGCUUCGACCUCGACCGGGAACUCGGUAUGGGGUCCCCGCCGGCCCCGGACAAGCAGGAGCGGAAAGUGGUGAACCCGCGUCUCGCGGAGUUCCUGAAGAGCAAGGAGGAGCUGGAGGAGGUCGAGCGGCAGCUGAAGGCGGCCGCGGCGGACGCAUCGCCCGCGGCAGUGGACGCAGGGGCGGGGGGCGGGCGCGAGGCGAACGGGGCGGGGGUCACGCGGUUCGCGGCGUACAUGCAGGACUUCAUGACGGCGGCGGCGCCCGCGGAGGUCGUUGUCGAGCUGGACGCCGGCGCGCCCGGCGACGACGACGCCUCCCAGAUGACGCUCAGUGUUGCGUGCUCGAAGGGCAAGGUCGACGUGCAGGUGUUUUCGGCGCGGCCUCUGCGCGACAGCGUCGGCGCCAUCCGCGCGGCGCUCAUACAAAAGGGGUGGUGCACGCGGGAGAGCCAGCUGCGGGUGCUGCUCGACGGCGAGGACGUGUCGGGCAGCACGCCCGCGGACGAGGACCUCGAGGAGGGCGACCAGAUCGACGUGGCCGUGCACUGA